GAGAGGUGGAGGUUGCAGUGAGCCGAGAUUGCAACACUGCACUCCAAGAGUGGGCAGCAAGAGUGAAACUCCGUCUCAAAAAAAAAAAAAAAGAAAGAAAUACAGAAUUCAAGGCCCUGUCCUGUCCAAGACCUCCUGAAACACAAUCAGCAAUUUGAUAAGGUCUCCAGGGAAUCAUUUACACAGUAGUCUGGGCAGUGCUGGUUUGUCAGGAACCGUCAGGGUCACAUCUGUGCUCUUCACAAACAUUGCUUGGAUUAAAAAGGGCAGAAGGGGCAGAGCUGUCCAUGGUCAUGGUUCUGUUCCAAGGUAAAUACACGCUUUCCUCUGUGCUGAUUGUUUCUGAUGAGAAGACCAGAAUAUUGAUGCAACUCCCUUGAGUGGUUAUAUAUUUAUAGGGGCAGGCAGUGGUCACCAGUGACCUGAACCCUUGGACUCCUUGCUCACAGCUGCCUCAGCUCAUCUGCCUGAAAUUCCAGUUACUGUCAUGUUGUGCGGACCCAUACAGGAACAAAAUGUGGAUCUCUCGAGGUAGCUACCCUGUGCCCACAGACUGUGACAACGGGGUGACCCAGGGGAAAUUGCUUCACCAACUUUAAUAAAAUUAAUUACAGAAGAAUGAUAGUUUCCAUCAGCCUGCUGGCAGCACGUUUCUGGAGGGGAAGCUGCAUCUCUUCCGGCCCAGGAUCCAUUGUCACCUACAGAGAGAGAAGCGCCAAGGGAUCCUCAGAGACACCAUGACUGCAGCGCCAACCAAAAUCCACCCAGACAGCCGACUUUCCCGGAGCGCUGUUAAGUCUUUUUGGACUGAGAUGACUCAAGAAGAAAUGUCCCUAAUCUUCGUCCAUCUCCAGGCUUGGGAGAAGGUUGUGAAGAAAUGUGGCUUCCAAAGUGAUGAGGCUGAUAUGCUGUCCUGUGCUCUGUUUGAAGAAGUGAUGCGAUGUGACAAAGAUUCCAUGCCAGAUGGGUAUCUGUCAGAGGAGGAAAAACUGUUUCUCUCAUAUUUUCCUUUGCACAAAUUUGAGCUAGAACAGAACAUCAAAGAACUUAACACCCUUGCGGACCAAGUUGACACCACUCACAAGUUGCUGACCAAGACCAGCCUGGUGGCCAGCUCUUCUGGGGCUGUUUCUGGGGUCAUGAGCCUCCUGGGUUUGGCCCUAGCACCUGUGACAGCAGGAGGCAGUCUCAUGCUCUCAGCAGCUGCGACAGGGUUGGGGGCAGCAGCUGCCAUCACCAACAUAGUAACAAAUGUUUUAGAAAAUAGGAGCAAUUCAGCAGCAAGAGACAAAGCCAGCCGACUGGGGCCUCUGACGACAUCACAUGAGGCUUUCGGAGAAAUAAAUUGGUCUGAAAUCGGGGCUGCUGGCUUUUGUGUUGAUAAGUGUGUAAAAGCCAUCAAGGGCAUCAGGGACCUUCGUGCCUACCAGAUGGCCAAAGCCAACUCUGGGUUCAUGGCUAUGGUCAAGAAUUUUGUGGUCACAAGACACAUCCCUUUCUGGAGGGCUAGAGGGGUGCAGAGAGCCUUUGAGGGCACAACUCUGGCUAUGACCAAUGGUGCCCGGGUGAUGGGUGCUGCUGGGGCUGGCUUCUUACUUUUGAAAGACAUGAGCAGCUUCCUGCAGAGCUGGAAGCACCUGGAGGAUGGGGCAAGGACGGAGACAGCAGAGGAACUGAGGACACUUGCUAAGAAGCUGGAGCAGGACCUGGACUGGCUCACUGAGCGCCACCGGCACCUGCUACAGAAGGCAAGCCGGACCUCUUCCAGCUGCCGGGGAAGGGCUGUUCGAGGAUCCUGUGCGAUUAAACCAGAAGGGUCUCGCUCACCUCUCCCCUGGCCUGUCAUGGAGCACCAGCCUAGUCUGGGCCCUGGCGGGGCACCGAGAACACCAAAGAGGACAGUCUCUGCCCCAAGGACACUUGGCCACCAGCCAGCCCCACCAGCACCAGGCCCCGGGAAGACACCAACAGCGAGAAGAGUUGGUCACCCUGUCACCACUGAACUUUGAUUUAACAAAGGCAAAGUGAAAGUCUUCGAUGAAGAAUAAUGGGGGUAGGGAAGCUUCUAGUGGCAAUAAUAAAAACCAGCAGCAAUGAUGAUAGAAGACAAACCUGCAAUGGUUUGUGGUCACCCUUGCGGACUCCAGAAAUGCCUGGGGUGGAAGACACAUUUGCAAGAGACCAGCUUUUUCGUGGGUACAGAUGGAAUUGGAGGCCGAGAAGACCUACAUGUUCAUGUUAAUUAAAACUGGAGCUGGAACACAUUCCAAACUCACGUAUUUUCCAAAUUGUAUGUAACUACAUAGUACCUUUAUAAUGAAAAUGAAAACAUUUUUAAACUAUCACCUGCCACUCCUCCCCCUCUUCCCUCCUGUCACCUGUCAUGACUGCAGUCAACACCUUUGCGUGGAGACUGUUGCUCAAGCUAAGAUCCAUUCUCCAUUCCCAGGGUUCUGCAACGACAAGUUAGUGAUUUGAGAAAAGCUGUUACUGGGAGAAAAUCAUCCCUUUACUAUAGCAUAAUUUAUAAUCAUGAAAAAUGUGAAGCCAUUAGAAUGUUCCAAUGCUAGGGAACUGGUUCCAUACAAAAUACUCAUCCACUUGAGAAAACACGAGGUAGCUGUCAGAAAUGAUGCUCCCCCGAUGACUGGGUUCACGAGGAAACUGCUGCUUGUGUUAUUAGGUGGAAAAGAGCAGGGACUUCCUUACCUUCUACCUGAGGAAAGCACAGCGCUCAGACCGGGGCGCGGAAAACACACCCUUCCGAGGAGCACAGCAAGGCCACGGUGUGGCUGUUCAGGGUAAACUUGGUGAUGUGUCCCCUCUUCUUUCUGCCUUUCUGUGUUUUUCAAGUUUUCAGUUACACACAUUACUGUUUUAUAAAAUAGAAGGAAUAUAGAUAAUAAAUAUUUACUGCAAAUCUAAAAUAAAAUGUUUAA